AUGGUUGUCUUGUCGAACUGCACCGAUGUGUCUGGCUUCGACUUCGAGAAUGUGUUCGAGCAAAGGCGGCACCACUUCUUCACCAGUGCUACUCUGCGUUCUUUCACCGGAGGCAUGGAGCUGGCUCUGCCUUGGUGGAUCUUACCCCCAAUGCUGUACCAUUCACCAGACAACUAUGACAUUCGGACCGUGGUUCCCAAGGCCACCGAGGACGAAGGGCUUUUCAUGAUGCACGACCACUUGGGGAAUUCAUGGCAAUUGGACAAGCAUUUGCUCAAGCAGCACGAGGAAGCGUUAUCGAGCAUCCAUGCCCCUAUGGUACGAGCGUUCAAGAUGAUGAAGAAGCUCAGCUACACAGAAGCAGUGCAUCGCUUCAGGUUAGCCUGUGAAAGAAUGUGGCCUUGCCACCGGAAAAUGUCACUUGGAUUGUGGGUGUUGCUUCACCUUGGGCAUGCAUCUCUCCGUGCUGCCAUGGUUGCAGAAGAUGCCUCGAAAGGGCAUUUGCUCCUGCAGCAGGCACUAGAGGCUCUGGGAGAAUGUGUUGACAAUGCCAAGGCUACCACCUUGCAUUCUUUCAACCGGAGCGUCUUAUUCAGUGCUACGGUGGGGAUGGCCUGGGUUUAUUUCUUCAAAGGCGAUCCAAGUCGAGCCAUGCGACUCGUUAGAGAAAGCCAGGGGAUUGUAGUGGACAGGAGAGCGUUAUCAGCUCGAGCGGACUGUAACCUCGACCUUGUUUGGGCCUUGAUUGCAUUCCACACCGUGUGGGGGGAUUUGAAGGAAGUGCAGGCUUAUCUCCGCAGGUUGGGCUACUUCUUCUCUCAGACCGAAGACGAGUAUCAUAUAGGCGCCAUGGAGAUUCAUAUUGAAGCAGUUCUCAAAGGCAACCUCAACACUGGCUUCUACAUAGCUUGCAAGUAUUUAGCCAAGGGGAGGCUCAUUUUUCAUCCCCUACAUGAUGCUGACCGCUCAGAGAUAUUGCCCGAGCACUUGCAUGCGCUGACCUGUGGUAUGCUCGGGGAUAUAUGGUUUGCUCUUGGGAUCAACAGUGAGGCCAUGCUCGCUUAUGAGAAAGCUUACGUUGAGGACAACCUUUUGCUACGAGCAGGUUCUUUGGUUGGAAAAGCAAAUGUCUGCAUGAGAAUGCUGGGUGAAGGGGAUGCGAACUACAAUGACUACAUUGACAAGGCAAAACAGAGCUAUGGAGAGGCUUUCAGUAUUUACGAGGGGCUUGGGCAUAAGACCGGAAUGUCAAUUGUGCACUGUAACUUGGGAUCUUUGCAUCAAGAGGAGGAGCAUUUUGAGCGAGCACUGCAACAUUUUACCAUGGCUAGAGAGGCUUUCGUAGUGGAUGUGCUUGGCUUGGACUGUCGGGUGGCUCAGAUGGAGGUGUUGCGAGGAGAUCUGGAUGCAGCAGUGGUUUUGUUUCAGAGAAGUCUGGAUAGCCUGGAUCCAGACAAACCAAUGCUAGUAGCUUGGAUGAAGCAUCAGGUUGGUCUGUGUUUUCUGCGAGCCCACCACAGAGGGAAAGGCAAAGGAUCUGAUGCUCUGAUGAAAGCCAAGAACAACUUGGUUGAUGCUGUGAAGAUUUUCGCCAAAGUGCAGUUUACGAUGACCACAACACCACCUCUUAUGUUCGUGGUAUUUGAAGGCCAGAAGGCAACUUACAGACUUCUCGAGUGGUGCUUUGCAACCGAGGGGAAAGCUAUGGAAGCAUUUGUUUGGGCAGAGCGUGGACGAUCAAGGCUCCUGAUGCAAGAAAGAUGGGAUGACGUUAUUGAACACUAUCGUUUGGAUGACAGGGAAACUUUAGAAGCUCUAGCCUCACGAGCAUUUGACAGUUUAAGUUACGACUCAGCGUGGACGUGUCUGAUGAAGUGGCGACACUUUUGUUCAUUACAGGUUAAGGCAGCAAUAGUAGAGUACACAGUCUGCUCAGAUUUCGGCAUCAUAAUCUAUGUGGUUGAUGGAAAUUCAAAGCCGAAAGUCAGCUGCCGAGCUUUUCGUGAUCUUGGUCCUGAGUUGGCGAGCGGGAAGAAGUUCGAAGCCUUCAUCAACACCAGUGUCGACAAGAUUAUUCGUGGUUCACAGUCAGAGGCAAAUGAACGCCUGACCAAGCUUUAUGAUCUCCUUCUCAGACCAGUAGAGGUGCACUUGCAGCGUCUCAAUCAACUGGUAAUUGUUCCCCAUGAGGUGCUCUUCAAGGUCCCGUUUGCCGCUCUUAUGCACAAAACUGGAAGUUUCCUCAUCCAAAAGUAUCGUCUAUCUCUAGCGGACUCGGUUCGAAGCCUGAUCCGAAGCUCAAUGCUUACAAGGCAGCACCAAGCUUCUCGGCAAGCAGAGGGCAAUGCUAACAUGCUCAUUGUUGGGAUUGGGAACCAUUCAGCUGUAGGUGAAGCCAACUUGGCUUUUGCAGAGCGUGAGGCACAGCAGGUGGCUCGCAUUCUGAAGAAAGCUUGUGGUGAGAAGCUGGUUGUCCUGUUGGGAGAUAAUGCAACAAAGAAGGCGGUCCUGGGAAACAUCAGAAUGUCCAGUGUGGUGCACCUGGCGACACACGCAAUGGUGACAAAUAAGCAUGAACAAGGGGCGAUUCUCUUAUCCGCAGCAGGGAGAAUGCAGGCCGACUCAAUCAUGUCGUGGCCAUCAAACCCGUCUAUUGAGAACCGAGCUGUUGAUGCAAUGGCAGUGUUGAGGUCUACGGAGAAGUUUCAACAGACGAUUGAGGUCACGAGAGAAGUCGUUAUGGAUGCAGAAGAGCUCUCAAGAAUGGUUCUGAGUGCAAAUCUGAUGGUACUUAGCGCUUGUCAAACUGGACGAGGGGUCAUAGCGGGUGAAGGGGUGGCAGGGUUGGGGCGAGCAGUGUGCACUGCAGGGGUAGCAUGCUCAGUCUUGUCACUUUGGCCUGUUGGGGACGAAGCUACUUGUCGCCUAAUGGAGACGUUCUAUCAAGAGCUGGUUGCUCACAGCAAAGACGUUGGAAGCGCCAUGCAGACCUCAAUGGUGAGGAUGAUCGAGGAGAAAGCCAAGUUCGGAGGUUCACGCUGGACUGUUGAUUCCUGGGCGGCCUUCUUACCAUUUGGUCUGCCAACAGUGACAAUUGGUAAGUCUUAGAAUCCCACAUGCAACACAAUAAUCUUUAAUUAUUAAGAUUAA